GCCGCUGAUGACAGACAGUGACACACCUCCCCUUUAAGAGACUUUCCCUUUAACUUCACCUGAACACACCUGAACUUCCCCUACGGAAGUUUCACUACAGUUGAGGAAAGGAAAAACAAUCCAGAAAGAAAAAAUACAUCCUGUGCUGAAAUAUGGGGACAAAGGGCCCUCCUGGACCAGAAAAGGAGCUCAAAAUUCCCGAAUGGGUAGCAGAUGUGGACAAGAUAACAAAGAUUGUGAACAGCACUGAGGAGGAGAACAAAGAAGAAAUGAUCAAAUCUGCAAGUAUGGAACCCAGUACCCUACAGUGGCCUGAGAAUAAAGCUGAACCACAGAUUCAGAUGCCAGUCAAGGUUGGGGAGAGCACAAGUGUGAAAUCAGAUUGCAUCUCACUCCACGGUGGAGUGAGCCGGACCGAGAGUGAGAGGGAGGAGUUUUUGCUUAAGGAGAUGGAUACAGGGAAAGAGAGUUUUUCUCACUCUGAGCUGAAAAACGGAGUGAAAAGCACCGGCUCAGAGAUAGAGGUGGAGGAGGUGAACAUGAUGCCAGAGAAUGCAGCCCGAGUCUUCAGCCCCAGCAUCUCCAUCCUACGCUCCACUAGCAAGCAGGAGGCUGCAGACCACUUGAGAGAUGAUGAAGAAGAGAAAAGUCCCUUCAUGGGGACACAUGGGACACAUGGAACACCGCUAGAAGACUAUUACCAGGACUGGUCCGUCACAUCAAAAUCACGCUGCUGUAGCUCUGGCGGAUCUUGUCGUGAUGCUCUUAAACUGGGUGCAUCUAUGUUCACUUCUGCCCUGAUCUUCCCCUUGCUGGUAUGGGGUGGCUAUGUCUUUCUUCCCUUUGAUGCCCCUCUGCUUGACAGCGCCCCCCUACGGCUGGUCUACACACUGCGCUGCUCUGUUUUUGCAGUCAUACCUAUUGUCCUCGGUAUGUUGGUACUAGGUGUGUCCCGUCUGAGGUAUCGCUCCUUGAAGCCAAGGUUUGAGGGGGAGGGAGAAAUUAAGCAGGUGGCAGUUCACCAGCGCUAUGUGGAAGACUCAGUCUCGCUCUUUCUCCUUUACUUCCUCCAACUGGCUGUCAUGGCUGCCUACCUAAAUCAGAAUCUGCUCAAACUAAUUCCUCUUCUCACCAUCAUUUUUGCCUUUGGCAGAUUACUGUACUGGGUCGCAGCAGCUUGUGACAGCAGUGUGAGAGGUGUUGGCUUUGGGUUUUCGUUUCUGCCAAUGCUGGUUAUGCUGGUGGCCAACCUCUACUUCAUCUUCCUCUCUGAAUCCGCAGGCUCCAUCUUUGCCCCAGACAUCCCAGAACCACCUGUUCCUUCAACAAAACAGCGGUUCUGGGGCUAAACAUGCCACAUCUGACACCUCUGCUACUGCCAAAUGUAGACCAGAUCUCUUUAGGCUUAGAGCCAGCUUAAAUAGGACUAUAAGACAUUUCUGAGAAUGUUUAAUCCGAUU